UUAGAAACAUAAAUAUCAAAGUUUAUUACUUAAUUCACUUCAUCUAUUAUCAGUAGUUAUUUAAUGUUUACAUUUGUCAUCAUUUCAAUAUUUCUAAUACACUCAUGUUAUUGUGGUUCAUCUAGGUCCUCAUUACCAGAAUGUAAAAAGGAAAAGACUUUCAUUGGGAAACUUUGGUCAAUAGUUGAAUCCCUUCUUAGCUUCAUUUGCUUUUUGAAUGGAAUCUGGAAUACGAUAAAUGAUUGGUAUACCUUUUUUAAUAAUACUACUAAUGCAGUCAGUGGUUAGAAGUGAGACUCCAAUAUUAGAACAAAAUUAUGGUAUUAAUCAAUAAAAUUUUAAAACUUCA